CUCUGCCUCCCACGUGAUACUGGAUAAAUGCCCGCCCGCUAGCAUCCUAGGUAGCAGACAAUCACAGACCACUGUGAGAGGGACACACCUUCGUCGUUUUUUGGCUGUUCAUGGGGAUGCCAUUUUACACUCAAAACUAAUUUAAUCCACGAGAUUUAAUCAUUCAUUGCAAAUUGACUUUUUCAAUUGCAUUUCUUCCACCACAUUUGCCGUCACAACUUUACCAAUACGAUGACUGAAGUUUUUGACAGUCUAAAUACAGAUAUGCAUUCUAACCAGAUUACCUCGAACAGUUACCACAGCUUACACAAGUCGCAGGAGUCUCCAACUCUACCAGUAUCGACGGCGACGGACAGCAGCUUUUACAAUAGCCAACAGCCGGGACACUGCGGAGGGUCCCCAUAUGGCCAACUCGGGACUUACCAGUACAACAGCAGCGGUAUGAGCGGCGUUCAAUACAAUACCAAAUCAUACGACCUUGGUUUUAACUCCUCGUAUGGCAGCUACGGCUCCUAUGGUUCGAGUUCUUCGCCGACUCCAACGGAUCCAGAGAAAGAAGAAAGUGAACCUGAAAUCCGAAUGGUGAAUGGAAAACCAAAGAAGGUCCGAAAACCUCGAACUAUCUAUUCAAGCUUCCAACUGGCCGCCCUUCAACGGAGAUUUCAAAAGACACAAUACUUGGCUUUACCAGAGCGAGCCGAGUUGGCAGCCUCAAUGGGCCUUACACAAACACAGGUGAAAAUCUGGUUCCAGAACCGUCGCUCCAAGUUCAAGAAGUUGUGGAAAAGUGGAGAAAUCCCCCCUGAACAACAUGUGGCCUCCAGCGAUUCUCCCCCCUGCAACUCUUCACCCGUCACAGCCUGGGACUUUCCACAGAAUCAAAGAAUGAAUAAUGUAAACUCUAGUUUACCUCAGAGCAGCAGCCCUCCAAAUACGACUGCACCUUCUUUUUUGGCAAACUAUUCUUGGUACUCAUCAACGAACUCUGCAACACAUCUUCAGGCUGGCCCCCUUGUCCAGCACCAUCACAAUGCCGCCUUGAGCGCCGGGACAAUAUUUUAAUACAACUGACUCUUACUCGGAGGAUACUGGUGAAACAGAAAAAAAAAGUUACUUCUAUAUUUUGACAGACCUAGUCAAGUGAACAUUACGGUUAACUUUGGUCAACUUCACUUAUAGGUUCCAGGUGCUCGUGGAAAUUCUAAAUGUUACCGUGUACACACCGGCAAAUGGCAAACUUUUCAGAUUUUAACAGUUAUUUUUGUAUUUAUUUAUUGUGUUUAUUUUAAUGGAUAAUAUGUAUAAAUCAACCACUAAUAUCCAAAGCAAUCAGAGAGUAAGAUGCUUUUACGCGCGGGCGUUACUUCUGCAUCACUGCAAGUAAAAAGUUGAUUGCAAGAUGUGAACAACUGUCACAUAUGUAGCACAAUUUUCAAAUGUAUCGUGCCUUUUGAAAAUGACCUCAGUUUUGUUGAACCAUAUCGAAAAAUUUUACAUGUACACGGAUGUCUAAAGGCCUACUCUUUAAAAUGAUUUUCUUUUGUAAAUAUAAGGUAAGUUUGAGGAUUUGUCUGUGCAUAUUUCAACACAUUAUUUUGUUAUGUCGUUCUGUCAUUAUUUUUUUUAUUUUGGGACAAAUACCUUCUUAUCCUUCGUAAGCUACUGAUUGUCCCAUAUUCAAAUUAACUUCUAUAACAUUUUAAUGGUAUAUUGUCUUUAAUUUAUUGUUAUGGUUAGCAGUGUUUCCUUUAUAUGAUCAGACUUUAUUUAAAUAAAAGUU